AUGGGUAUUGAAAAGGAAAUUAAUCUGGACGAAGGAGCGACCCAGCUGAAGGACUGGAUUUCAACGCAGCCCCAUUUGCCUCAGAAUAUACAUCCAACGCUGCUGAAAAGAUACAUCCAUUCGACUCACGGUGACAUGGAGUACGCGAAGAAAAUCUUCGUUCUCGGUUAUACGAUUCGACAAAACAAUCCAAUCAUUUUCGAUAACCGUGAUCCACUCAGCGACAAUGUCAUGAGUAUUUUGAAAUCAAUUGAUAUGGUACCACUACCCCCUGUGGAGGGAUGCGAUGAUAAGUUUAUUUUCUACCGGUUGGUAGAUUGUGAUCCUGACAAGUUCGACUUCAAUGACGUGAUUAAGACAUUCUUUAUCAUUGCCGACCUUCGGAUGAUCCAGCCGGACGUACCGAUGAAUGAUGGGGGUGACGUACCGAUCUUCGACAUGAAUGGGUUCACUUUGCGCCACAUGACCAAGGUCGUCCUGUCAACAUUGCGCGUAUAUAUGCGCUACACGCAGGAAGCCCACCCCGUGCGACUGAAGGCCAUUCACGUGAUCAACUGUACGCCGUUUCUCGACCGUGUCAUGUGCUUGGUGAAGCCAUUCAUGAAGAAGCGGGUUGCGGAAAUGCUGCACUUCCACCUACCGAACUCCGAUACCAUUUAUGCCCACAUGCCAAAGGCCGCCCUGCCGGACGAGUACGGUGGCCAACAGUCGAUCACCAAGCAUAAGGAGGACUGGUUCAACCGAAUCAAUAAGCAACGUGACUACAUCACCGACAACAGCCGGUGGAAGAUUGACGAAUCUCGCCGAAACAAUGGCAAUGAUCUUUGUGGCACGCUUAGGAAGUUGGAAAUCGACUAA